CAAUCAUCCAGCUUCCUUAUGAAGCAACACUUAUUGUAAGAGAGUGAGAAGAGCAGACUCUGAACAGGUGCUCCGCAGGUAUUGUGUCACAAUGUAUAAGAAGAGCAACGCAGGGGGAAAUGCGGUGUUCUACAAACCAGUUGCAGUUACGACGGAAAUAAGAUCUGGAUACCUGUUCAAGUCUCCUCCCCAAAGAAUGUUGAAGACGGAGAAGUCAUGGAAGAAGCGGUAUUUUGUGCUGUACAAAGUCAGUGAGGAAGAACACCAACUGACGUACUUCAGGAGUCAAGAAGAAAGGGACAGGCCACUUGGAGGGAUAGACUUAUCGCAAAUCUCACUGUUGUAUGUGAGCCCUCAAAACCACCAGAGAUGGGAAUGGGUCCAGAAGAGCUUCAAGUGCUCCCCAUCCUGUGUGCUCUACAUCAAGGCAGCUAACCGGGACUACUUCCUCAUUGGGGAGAACAGUGAGGAAGUGGACAGCUGGUUCGCUGACCUGUUUGAAGCCCUGAAAAACCGGCCACAUAGAUGUAUGAGUUCAGAGGAAAUGCAAAAUGGGCAGCCAACAAUUGAGGUUAUUUCAAACCCCCUUUUGAAGAAUAGGAAUUCUGAUUCUUCUGAAAAGGCAGAGUUAAAAUUCCGGUCCCUGUCUGAUCCGUCCUCAAAUGCUUUGGAUAACGACACUAUAAAACCAAAGAGUGAAGAUCAUGCCAAAAGACGUGCAUCGGAACCUAUGAAUCCAAUCUAUGACUAUCCAAGAGACUACUUAAAAAAAGGGGAAAACCGUCCCAAAAGCAUGGACUCAGUAUAUGAAUCGAUGAUGGAAGUUAGACAAAAUGCACAAGUGGCUGAGGAAGUGGACCUUGAAAUUGAGGAGGUUACAACGGGCACCCUGAUGAGGCAUGUGACUCAAGUCUUUGACAGGUUGAAGAUUUCCCCACUACCCCCAUUCAAUGAGGAGACAGACGCUGAGGACAGGGAAGAAAAACGUCUGACGUCAGAUUUCAGCAGUAGCUCCAGUGACAAUGGGGCCAACUCUCCUGUAGAGAUGCUGGAGAUACCAGAUGUGCACACACUGAAAAGACAAAGCUCUACUGAAAGCCUGAACAACAUCAACCCACAGGAAAGAGAUAUUAAGGUCAAGCAGGCAGAUUUGAGAAAACACCUGACACUAACAGAAGUGGAUGGGAAACCAAGUGUGUCUGGGUGGACAGGCCAGCAACAGACAGCGUGCCUGUUUCACAAAGGAGACCAAAUUCUGGCAAUUAAUGACUUGCAUACCAGCAGCAUGGAGGAGUUCAACGUUUAUCUCAGCAAAUGUCUCAAGAAUGAGGUGAACGUGACCAUCCUGCGUCUACCUGGAUGUCAGCCUCUGCAUUCAUCAAACUGUCCUUGCAGUGACUGACUGCAAACUGACCAUUAGAGAUGAAACAGUUACUUAACAUGUUGGUUUGUACCAUGUAUUGACCACUUUAGACAACCAACAGUAUUUUGCCAGGGCUGUGGGCAGUUCCUAUUGAUCUGUCACCCUUCUAGUUUAUUCAAUUUAAACGUCUAGAAAAGCUUUCAGUGAUGGUAAAAGUAAAAAAAUCAAAAAAAAUCAUGAUUUUAAUAUCUCAUCCACGAUGACUCACAUAUUUACAAAAGAUCAAAGGCACUUGGUGUGUGAACAAUGAUUUGCAGUUUUAACAGAGCAUGAUUUAUGAUGUCAUUUUAUUGCGUAUUGUAUUUACUGCAAAUAAGAGGUUUGUUCUCAAAAGCCAUCCCUAGAAGGAAACAAAAGGCAUAGAUUUUACUAAGACAUAUUUCCUCAUACUGCCUGUAUGCCUAAAAAAAAUGCUAAAAAUGCCACAAGCUCCUGGACCCAAGACAAUUUGUGUUCACAGGAUAAAAUUCCAAUUCAGGCACUUAGGGCCUGAUUUACUAACACUAGCGCAGUUUGCGCUGCGUCCGUUUAUGCGAGUUCGGUAAUAGCGCACGCUAUGCUUCCACAUUUUGCGUAGUAUUUAUCA